AUGGCCACAUCCUCUCGCCAUCGUUCCCCACAGCCAGCACAGUCCAUCAAUUCCGUAGACACAUCCACCCCGCCCAAGCCACGCCAGCCGCCCGUCACCCUCGCCAAACGCCUGCUCUUCCCCGCCCUCCCCACAAAUGAUCUUCCGCCACUGCUUAAGACCGCGACCGUUCCGCCCGAGCUGACUGCAGAGCUCUACGACUUCAUCGCACUAGCAUUGCGUGCUUUCGUGAACCCAUGGUGGACGAAGAUUACCCGCUACGACAAAGAUUUCUUGCCUGAAAUCACCGCUGUAUCAACCGUCGUGCUGCAGUCCCUGGAGAGUCGCGUGCUUGCGGCUGACCUCUCCCCACUCGUAUUCCAGGACUUGCCAGCGAUAAUAACCCAACACUACCAAGACUAUCGCAACGCAGCUUCCAAACGCUCCACCUCUUAUGCCGGGGGCGGCGCACUGAACACCGCACAUCUCUUUCACCAGCUCCAACCUCAUAUGGCGCUAGCGGCCGACGGCCGACUGGAACCCGAAUACUUUCGUCAGGUCAUAGACCACGUUCUCAAGUCGUGCUUACCUGCGGCGAACUACGAUGCGGAGGCGGAGCGAUAUAUAGUCCGAGAGGUUGUGCUGAAAGUGCUCCUCCAGGAUGUGAUACCCAAGAUCAUACAACCUUGGUUUAUACAGAAAGUGAUCCUGGACCUCUUGGACCCUUCGGAGGACUUCGUACCACUGAAAGCCCCCGAAUCGACCUUAACAACGGUUCCACCGUCAUCGCCGUCGUUUUCUUUUCACAAUAUCGCUGUCUUCUUCUUGUCAGCGGUACAAUCUCUAUCAGGUUUCUGCCUAGUCCUCAUCAAUACAUACAAGCAAGCUGUAUCCACAAUUAAACUUGUGAAUAAAUCAACGCCCAAAGGACGAUCACCAUCCCCGUCCCCACCAAUACCCGUAGUGGAACUGACGAUGCCGCCGACACCUCUAACUCCCCCCAUAUCAACGACCUCGUCGACCUCGUCAAUACACAGCUCAAUAAACCCCAUACAGACUAUCAUUACCGCGGAUCCUUUCAUCUCGCGGCCGGACAAUUACGCGCUUGGUCCUCUUCUUAUGUUUAACGAGAUAUUCUGCACCCGUGAACGCCUAGCUUCAAAUAUGAUCACGACUACAAUGACGCUCCUAACGACUCUACUUAUGAAAUUCCUCGACCGGCUUCUCCCAUAUACAUUGGAUAAUAAUCUCUCCCCGCAAUUUGUUACCAAUAUUGUACGCAUAGCGAAGCGCACACUUUUCCCCAAUGGAUACCCCGCCCCAGCACCACCAGACCCGACACCCGAAGAGCAAGCCAUCAUACGAGCGCGCCUCGUCUCAUGGAAGCCCAAGGGCUCCCUGGUCCAUAUGUUCCAGCUGGUCCUGGGUCGAGAUCAUCCGGCAACCUUAGCCGCGGCGCUCGACCCUCUCACGAAUGCUGCGUGUAAUGCGCACUUAGUUGUGCUAAUAUUGGACCGUGUCAUUUUAGCGUUGUUCCCGGAGCUUGGGGUACAUUCUGAAGAUACCACUUCGGAUGAUGUUUCUCAGUAG